AUGGCCUACGACAGAGCUGACCUUUCCGUAAAACGCUGGUGUCGUAACAAUGUCUGCACUCCCCCCACGCAGCCUGCUGCCGUCAGCAGCCCAGCGGCAGAGCACAGAGACAGGCAUGAGGCGGAGCGGCACAGGAAACCAUCGGGAUUAACCCUAUGGCCACCCACGGCAGGUGCUGAGGCAGCCACGCGUCCAGCCUCAUUAAGACGAGCCACAGAGGCCAGCGUGGCAACAAACACAGGGGAAGCGUACUUUGAGGGGGGGGCAGUGCCCAGCUCACCUCUGCGCCCCGGGGAGCCAGGUGGGUGUGGUGUGAGCCACUCAUCUGCCCUAGCCUCCUGCCGCUGCCUGACCAAUUUGUCGGUCGACCGGCCAGGAGCAGAAUGCAAAUCCUCACCAGAGGAGAGAAGCGAGGACGCGGAUCCAGCUGUGUGA